CGCCUAUCCCACCAUCACGUUCAGAGUCCAUAUGUAUACGAAGACUCCUGCCAAUUUCACGGAGAUAAUCCAAUUUUAGUGCCGUGCCGCGAACACACCCACGGACGUCGGUAUUCUUCUACGAGGCCUUUUCCUAUGACAGAUUUUGCGAUUAGGUAGUGAUAAUUGUGAUGAGUAAAAUGGAGUCUCCGCCGCAACCUGGUUUUAAUACGUCAAUGCCAUAUCCUUAUCCGCAGCCACCAUCACCACCACCGCCACAACCGCAAAGUAUCAUUAUAACGAAUCACGCUUUUGGCUCUGAAUCACAACCUUUGGUAUGUCCACACUGCCAUGCUAACAUAUCCACGCGUGUGGAGACGGAAGCGACCAUGAAAACACAUUUGAUGGCGCUAAUUCUUUGUCUUUUUAUAUGCUGGCCGUGUGCACCAUGUCCUUAUUGCAUAGAUAGCUGUCAGGCGCAGAAACAUUAUUGUCCAGCGUGCGGUUCUUAUCUUGGAUCAUCCGAUAAUUAAUAAUCUUCUAUUAUAUAAGAAUACAAAAAGAUACUGCAACAUUAUCAUCGAUCGAGAUAUAGGCGAUGAAAAAAACAAUUUUGUAUCCUUGUCAUGUAUAUGUCAAGUUUAAAUUAUAUCUUUUAUAAUAUAUAGAGUUAAAUAUA